AUGGUCCUCGAGCCAAGAUUACUCAAAGAACGAGAGAAUCAGGUAGAAGAAGCAAUUCCCAAUGGUCCUCCAAUAAAGUUUCAAAUAAUGCGCGUUGGUACGACGAGUAUCACAUCUUCAUGGCUUCCUCCAGAUCCUACAUUACGCAAUGGAAGAAUCAUCAACUACAAACUCUGCAUUAAGAUUGGCAAUACUUCUCAAGGACCCUGUUUACUUCAAGUUACGACAGGCAACAUCACAGCUUACACUUUGUCGAACUUAAACUCUUACACCAAAUACCAUCUUAGAAUUACAGCUGCAACAAAGAUUGGAUAUGGCCCAGCAGCAGUUGCAAAUACUAAGACUUUAGAGGCAGAACCGUCUGGUGCACCUCGAAAUUUAAAGGUCAUUUCGUACACGAAAAAUUUUAUGAAAGCAACAUGGUCGUCACCUGACAGCACCCUGCUCAAUGGUAUUUUAACCAAAUACUCAGUGUGUAUUCGACCACAGUCUUUGAAAUCAUGCACACCUAAAGUAAUUGUUCCAUUCACGAAAACAUCAUAUACAUUUACUGGUUUAAAACCUUACGUGCAAUAUACCAUUGAAAUAUCUGCUGCUACUAAAGUUGGCUAUGGUCCUCGAGCCAACAUUACUCAAAGAACGAGAGAAUCAGUUCCUAAUGGUCCUCCUACGAUGUUUCAAAUAUCUGCAGUGGAUGCAACAAAUAUCACUGCUUCCUGGCUUCCUCCAGAUCCAACAUUACGCAAUGGAAGAAUCAUCAAUUACAAACUCUGCAUUAAGAUUGGCAGUACUUCUCAAGGACCAUGUUUACUUCAAGUUACUACAGGCAAUAUCACAGUGUACACUUUUUUGAACUUAAAACCUUACACCAAGUAUCAUCUCAGAAUUUCAGCUGCAACAAAGAUUGGAUAUGGACCAGCAGCAGUUAUAACUACUAAGACAUUAGAGGCAGAACCAUCGGGUGCACCUCGCAAUUUAAAUGUCGUUUCGUACACUAAAAACAUUAUUAAAGUAACAUGGUCGUCACCUGACAGCUCCCUGCUAAAUGGUAUUUUAAGCAGUUAUUCAGUUUGCCUUCGACGACAGUCUUUGAAAUCAUGCACACCUAAAGUAAUUGUUCCAUUCACAAAAACAUCAUAUACAUUUACUGGUUUGAAACCUUACGUGCAAUAUACCAUUGAAAUAUCUGCUGGUACUAAGGCUGGCUUUGGUCCUCGAGCUAAGAUUACUCAAAGAACGAGAGAAUCAGUUCCGAAUGGUCCACCCACGAAGCUUCAAAUAUCUCGAGUGGAUGUAACGAAUAUCACAUCUUCCUGGCUUCCUCCAGAUCCUGCAUUACGCAAUGGAAGAAUUAUCAAUUACAAACUCUGCAUUAAGAUUGGCAAUACUUCUCAAGGACCAUGUUUACUUCAAAUUACUACAGACAAUAUCACAGUUUACACUUUUUCAAACUUAAAGCCUUACACCAAGUAUCAUCUUAGAAUUUCAGCUGCAACAAAGAUUGGAUAUGGCCCAGCAGCAGUUAUAACUACUAAGACAUUAGAGGCAGAACCAUCGGGUGCACCUCGCAAUCUAAAUGUCGUUUCGUACACCAAAAAUUUUAUCAAGACAACAUGGUCGUCACCUGACCGCUCCCUGCUGAAUGGUAUUUUAACCAAAUAUUCAGUGUGUAUUCGACGACAGUCUUUGACAUUAUGCACAACUAAAGUAAUUGUUCCAUUCACGAAAACAUCAUAUACAUUUACUGGUUUAAAACCUUACGUGCAAUAUACCAUUGAAAUAUCUGCUGCGACUAAAGCAGGCUACGGUCCUCAAACCAAGAUUACUCAAAGAACGAGAGAAUCAGUUCCUGAUGGUCCACCCAUAAAGUUUCAAAUAUCUCGAGUGGAUGCGACGAAUAUCACUGCUUCCUGGCUUCCUCCAGAUCCUAAAUUACGCAAUGGAAGAAUCAUUAAUUACAAACUCUGCAUUAAGAUUGCCAGUACUUCUCAAAGACCAUGUUUACUUCAAAUUACUACAGGCAACAUCACAGUUUACACUUUUUCGAAUCUAAAGCCUUACACCAAGUAUCAUCUUAGAAUUUCAGCAGCAACAAAGAUUGGAUAUGGUCCAGCAGCAGUUUUAGCAACUAGGACAUUGGAGGCAGAACCAUCGGGUGCACCUCGCAAUUUACGUGUCUCUUCGUACACUAAAAAUCUUAUCAACGCAACAUGGUCGUCACCAAACAGUUCUCUUCUUAAUGGUAUUUUAACGAAAUAUUCGGCUUGCAUACGACGGCAGUUUUUGUCAACAUGCACACCUAAAGUAACUGUUCCAUUUACAAAAACAUCAUAUACAUUUACUGGUUUAAAACCUUACGUGCAAUAUACCAUUGAAAUAUCCGCUGCUACUAAAGCUGGCUACGGUCCUCCUGCAAAGAUUACUCAAAGAAUGAAAGAAUCAGUACCUAGUGGUCCUCCGCGACUUAUAAUGGUAAAAGAUGUUACUUCCAAAAGCUUGAAAUUAGCCUGGUCACCACCUGAAGAGCAUCGUCGAAAUGGAAUCAUUACCAAGUAUGGUGUGUGCUAUAUAGAGACAAACUCUGGCCAAAUUUGUAGCAUCGUGAAUUAUAUUACUGAUGGAAAAUCAUUAAGGAAAAUCAUCAAAGGGUUGAAACCAUAUACGGAAUACUUAUUGGCAGUUAUGGCGAGUACAAUUGUAGGCUGGGGACCGAAAGCAGUUAUCUCACGAAAAACUCUUUCUUCUCCUCCUUCUGGACCACCACGUGCUCUUUAUGCUAUCAGAAUCGGUCCACAUAUUCUACAAAUAUUCUGGAAACCUCCAAAUGCUACAAUGCAAAAUGGUCAUAUCACCGGCUAUAGACUUUGCGUACAGGAAAAAUAUUUGAAUGCGCCGUGUCGCAAUUACAUUACCGUGCCUAAAACUCAAUUGUUUCAUACUGAAGACAAUUUGAAGCCUUAUACAUUGUAUAAUAUUCACGUCGAAGCAAGAAAUGCUCAAGGUUAUGGUCCUGCUAAUCACAUUGGUUUUCGCACCGGAGAAGCAGCACCAUCUGCUCCACCUAAAAAUGCAGUCUUACGAACUUUAAGUUCAAGAUCAAUUGAAAUAAAUUGGACAGCUCCCGAUGUUAAGGAUCAAAAUGGCAUUCUUGUGCUUUAUGAAGUUAUCGCUUAUGAAGAAAUGUUUCAUUCCAAAGUUAGGAAGGUCACAAACUCUUCCUUGUCUCCAAAUAUCACUGUAUGGAAGAACAAUAGCUUGAAUCCAUUCACCAAUUACAUAUUUCAUAUUAAAGCUGGAACAAUUGCAGGAGUUGGACCGCCUGCUGUUCUUCACAAACAUGGCAAUGAACGGAACAAAAUACCAGAUAUAACGGAGGAAAGUGUAAUAACGUUCUCUGGGAUAGCAGGAGUGUCUAUCUUUGUAGUGGUACUGAUUGUCAUUGUCAUUAUUUGUGUUUCAUGGAAGAAAGGAAUUCUACCUUAUGAUAGAAAAAAGCAACUCGAAGCAAAAGAAAGACAGGACAGGCUAACAAGUUAUUGGAACAAAAAAGAUAAAGAUAGAUAUAGCGAAUAUACAGAUGUUGUUUCUUCGAAAAUUCAUGAUGCAGACUCUGAGUACGAUAAUGUUUCAUCAGGAGAGAGAGCUCAAAACCUGUAUGACGCAACAUUUGUAACAACUAAGUAUGACAUGGGCAAUAUUACUGCAGAAAACCUGUAUGGAACAGAGAAUGUGACAACUGAAAACGUAUAUGACAGCAGUUUAGCAGCUUUUACUACAGCCAUUGGUGCCUCUAGUCAAGAUAUUUAUAGACAGCCAGAUAAUGCACUGGCAAUAGACAUAUAUGAUUCAGAAGUGGAAAUUUAUGAACUUGCACAAGCUUCUAUGUCUCCGAAGCCAAGCACACUCAGCAUUGCUUCAGCAAAUAUAUCAUUGAAUGAACAAAGUACUAUAGCAACUGUUGUUCCAGCCAUUGAAGCUUCUAGUCAAGAUAAUUAUAAAAUGUCGGAUAAUGCUACAGCAAUAGACAUAUAUGAUUCAAAGAUGGAAAUUCAUGGACUUGUGCAAGAUUCUAUAAAACAUUCCCACACCAAAAAUAGUCAACGAAAGUCCUGGAAUUUAAGGAGACUCGUAAAAUUUUUCACAACGAAAUCAGUACGUAAAGAAAGUAGUUUAGUAGCUGUUUUUAAGUCAAUUGAAGCUUCUAAUCAAGAUAUUUAUAGAAUGUCAGAUAAUGUUACAUCAAUAAACAUUUAUGAUUCAAAGAUGGAAGUUAAUGAACUUGCACAAGAUUCUAUUAAACAUUCUUACACCAAAAAUAGUCAUCAAAAGCACCAGAAGCCAAGGAAACUGAAGAAAUCUUUAUCAACCAAAUCAUUGCCUAAACCAAAUAGUUUAGCAACUGUUGUUCAAACCAAUGGACGUUCUAGUCAAGAUAUUUAUAGAAUGUCAGAGAAUGCUAUAUCAAUAGACAUAUAUGAUUCAAAGAUGGAAGUUAAUAAACUUCCACAUGAUUCUAUAAAACAUUCCCGCAACAAAAAAAGUCAUCGAAAGUUCUGGAAACCAAGGAUACUGAAGAAAUAUUCUUCAACUAUAUCAUUACCUGAACCAAGUAGUUUAACAUCUGUUGUUCCAACCAUUGAAGCUUGUAGUCAAGAUAUCUAUAGAAUGUCAAGUAGUGCUACAUCCAUAGACAUAUAUGAUUCAAAGAUGGAAGUUAAUGAACUUGCACAAGAUUCUAUCAAACAUUCCCACCCCAAGAAUAGUCGUCGAAAGCACCGUAAACCAAGGACACUGAAGAAAUCUUUAUCAACCAAAUCAUUACCUAAACCAAAUAGUUUAGCAGCUGUUGUUCCAACCACCGGAGGUUCUAGUCAAAAUAUCUAUAGAAUGUCGGGUAACGCUACAUCGAUAGACUUGUAUGAUUCAAAGAUGGAAAUUAUUAAUGAACUUGCACAGGAUUCUAUCAAACAUUCCCGCACCAAAAUUAGUCAUCGAAAGUCCUGGAAGUUAAAGAAACUCAUGAGAUUUUUUACAACGAAAUCAGUACCUAAACAAAGUAGUUUAGUAGCUGUUGUUGCAUCCAUUGGAGCUUCUAGUAAAGAAAAUCAUAGAUUGUCAGAUAAUGCUACUUCAAUAGACAUAUAUGAUUCAAAAUUGGAAAUUUAUAAACUUGCACAAAAUUCUAUCAAGCAUUCCCAUACUAAAAAUAGUCAUCAAAAGCACCGUAACCCAAUGACACUUAAGAAAUCUUCAACUUUAUCAUUGUCUGAACGAAGUAGUUUAGCAACUAUUUUUCCAACCAUUGGAGGUUCUAGUCAAGAUAUCAAUAGAAUGUCAGAUAAUUCCUCAUUGAUAGACAUAUAUGAUUCAAAGAUGGAAGUUAAUGAACUUGCACAAGAUUCUAUCAAACAUUCCCACACCAAAAAUAGUCAUCGAAAGCACCAGAAGCCAAGGAAACUGAAGAAAUCUUUAACAACCAAAUCAUUACCUAAACAAACUAGUUUAGCAGCUGUUCUUCCAGCUAUUGGUGCUUGUAGUGAAGAUAUUUGCGCAAUGUCAGAUAAUCCUACAACAGUAGACAUAUAUGAUUCAAACAUGGAAAUUUAUGAACUUGCAGAAGAUUCCAUCAAACAUUCCCACACCAAGAAUAGUCAUCGAAAUCACCGGAAGACAAGGAAACGAAAGAAUUCUUUAACAACCAAAUCAUUACCUAAACCAACUAGUUUAGCAGUUGUUGUUCCAGCCAUUGGUGCCUCUAGUCAAGAUAUCUAUAGAAUGUCAGAUAAUCCUACAGCAGUAGACAUAUAUGAUUCAAACAUAGAAACUUAUGAACUUGCAGAAGAUUCCAUCAAACAUUCCCACUCCAAAAAUAGUCAUCGAAAGCACCAGAAGCCAAGGAAACUAAAGAAUUCUUUAACAACCAAAUCAUUACCUAAACCAACUAGUUUAGCAGCUGUUGUUCCAGCUAUUGGUGCCUCUAGUGAAGAUAUUUAUAGAAUUUCAGAUAAUGCUACAGCAGUAGAUGUAUAUAAUUCAAACAUGGAAAUUCAUGGACUUGCACAAAAUUCUAUCAGUUAUUCCCACACCAAAAAUAGUCAUCGAAAGCACCGUAAGCCAAGGACACUGAAGAAAUCUUCUUCAACUGUAUCAUUACCUAAUCCAAGUAGUUUAGCAGCUGUUAUUCCAGCCAUUGAAGCUUCUAGUCAUAUCAAUAGAAUGUCAGAUAAUGCUUCAUUGAUAGACAUAUAUGAUUCAAAGAUGGAAGUUAAUGAACUUGCACAAGAUUCUAUCAAACAUUCCCACACCAAAAAUAGUCAUCGAAAGCACCAGAAGCCAAGGAAACUGAAGAAAUCUUUAACAACCAAAUCAUUACCUAAACAAACUAGUUUAGCAGCUGUUCUUCCAGCUAUUGGUGCUUGUAGUGAAGAUAUUUGCGCAAUGUCAGAUAAUCCUACAACAGUAGACAUAUAUGAUUCAAACAUGGAAAUUUAUGAACUUGCAGAAGAUUCCAUCAAACAUUCCCACACCAAGAAUAGUCAUCGAAAUCACCGGAAGACAAGGAAACGAAAGAAUUCUUUAACAACCAAUUCAUUACCUAAACCAACUAGUUUAGCAGUUGUUGUUCCAGCCAUUGGUGCCUCUAGUCAAGAUAUCUAUAGAAUGUCAGAUAAUCCUACAGCAGUAGACAUAUAUGAUUCAAACAUAGAAACUUAUGAACUUGCAGAAGAUUCCAUCAAACAUUCCCACUCCAAAAAUAGUCAUCGAAAGCACAAGAAGCCAAGGAAACUAAAGAAUUCUUUAACAACCAAAUUAUUACCUAAACCAACUAGUUUAGCAGCUGUUGCUCCAGCUAUUGGUGCCUCUAGUGAAGAUAUUUAUAGAAUGUCAGAUAAUGCUACAGCAGUAGAUGUAUAUAAUUCAAACAUGGAAAUUCAUGGACUUGCACAAAAUUCUAUCAGUUAUUCCCACACCAAAAAUAGUCAUCGAAAGCACCGUAAGCCAAGGACACUGAAGAAAUCUUCUUCAACUGUAUCAUUACCUAAUCCAAGUAGUUUAGCAGCUGUUAUUCCAGCCAUUGAAGCUUCUAGUCAAGAUAUUUAUAGAAUGUCAGAUAAUGCUUCAUUGAUAGACAUAUAUGAUUCAAAGAUGGAAGUUAAUGAACUUGCACAAGAUUCUAUCAAACAUUCCCACACCACAAAUAGUCAUCGAAAGCACCAGAAGCCAAGGAAACUGAAGAAAUCUUCUUCAACUGUAUCAUUACCUGAACCAAAGAUUGAAGUUAAUAAACUUGCACAAGAUUCUAUCAAACAUUCCCACACUAAGAAUAGUCAUCGAAAGCAUCAUGAGCCAAAGACACUGAAGAAAUCUUCUUCAAUUAUAUCAUUACCUGAACCAAGUAGUUUAGCAACUGUUGUUCCAGCCAUUGAAACUUCUAGUCAAGAUAUCUAUAGAAUGUCAGGUAGUGCUACAUCCAUAAACAUAUAUGAUUCAAAGACGGAAGUUAAUGAACCUACGCAAGAUUCUAUCAAACAUUCCCACACUAAGAAUAGUCAUCGACAGCACCGUAAGCCAAGGACACUGAAGAAAUCUUCUUCAACUGUAUCAUUAACUAAAGCAAGUAGUUUAGCGACUGUUGUUCCAGCCAUUAAAACUUCUAGUCAAGAUAAUUAUAGAAUGUCAGUUAGUGCUACAUCAAUAGACAAAUAUGAUUCCAUGAUGGAAAUUAAUGAUGUUGGGCAAGAUUCUAUCAAAUGCUCCCACAACAAAACUAGUCAACGAAAGUCCUGGAAGUUAAAAAAACUCAUGAGAUUUUUUACAACGAAAUCAGUACCUAAACAAAGUAGUUUAGUAGCUGUUGUUGCAUCCAUUGGAGCUUCUAGUAAAGAAAAUCAUAGAUUGUCAGAUAAUGCUACUUCAAUAGACAUAUAUGAUUCAAAAUUGGAAAUUUAUAAACAUGCACAAGAUUCUAUCAAGCAUUCCCGUACUAAAAAUAGUAAUCAAAAGCACCGUAACCCAAUGACACUUAAGAAAUCUUCAACUUUAUCAUUGUCUGAACGAAGUAGUUUAGCAACAAUUUUUCCAACCAUUGGAGGUUCUAGUCAAGAUAUCAACAGAAUGUCAGAUAUUGCUUCAUUGAUAGACAUAUAUGAUUCAAAGAUGGAAGUUAAUGAACUUGCACAACACUCUAUCAAACAUUCCCACACCAAUAAUAGUCAUCGAAAGCACCAGAAGCCAAGGAAACUGAAGAAAUCUUCUUCUACUGUAUCAUUACCUGAACCAAAGAUUGAAGUUAAUAAACUUGCACAAGAUUCUAUCAAACAUUCCCACACCAAGAAUAGUCAUCGAAAGCAUCAUGAGCCAAAGACACUGAAGAAAUCUUCUUCAAUUAUAUCAUUACCUGAACCAAGUAGUUUAGCAACUGUUGUUUCAGCCAUUGAAACUUCUAGUCAAGAUAUCUAUAGAAUGUCAGGUAGUGCUACAUCCAUAGACAUAUAUGAUUCAAAGAUGGAAGUUAAUGAACCUACGCAAGAUUCUAUCAAACAUUCCCACACUAAGAAUAGUCAUCGACAGCACCGUAAGCCAAGGACACUGAAGAAAUCUUCUUCAACUGUAUCAUUAACUAAAGCAAGUAGUUUAGCGACUGUUGUUCCAGCCAUUAAAACUUCUAGUCAAGAUAAUUAUAGAAUGUCAGUUAGUGCUACAUCAAUAGACAAAUAUGAUUCCAUGAUGGAAAUUAAUGAUGUUGGGCAAGAUUCUAUCAAAUGCUCCCACAACAAAACUAGUCAACGAAAGUCCUGGAAGUUAAAAAAACUCAUGAGAUUUUUUACAACGAAAUCAGUACCUAAACAAAGUAGUUUAGUAGCUGUUGUUGCAUCCAUUGGAGCUUCUAGUAAAGAAAAUCAUAGAUUGUCAGAUAAUGCUACUUCAAUAGACAUAUAUGAUUCAAAAUUGGAAAUUUAUAAACUUGCACAAAAUUCUAUCAAGCAUUCCCAUACUAAAAAUAGUCAUCAAAAGCACCGUAACCCAAUGACACUUAAGAAAUCUUCAACUUUAUCAUUGUCUGAACGAAGUAGUUUAGCAACCAUUUUUCCAACCAUUGGAGGUUCUAGUCAAGAUAUCAAUAGAAUGUCAGAUAAUGCUUCAUUGAUAGACAUAUAUGAUUCAAAGAUGGAAGUUAAUGAACUUGCACAAGAUUCCAUCAAACAUUCCCACUCCAAAAAUAGUCAUCGAAAGCACCAGAAGCCAAGGAAGCUGAAGAAAUCUUUAACAACCAAAUCAUUACCUAAACAAACUAGUUUAGCAGCUAUUGUUCCAGCUAUUGGUGCUUGUAGUGAAGAUAUUUGUGCAAUGUCAGAUAAUCCUACAACAGUAGACAUAUAUGAUUCAAACAUGGAAAUUUAUGAACUUGCAGAAGAUUCCAUCAAACAUUCUCACUCCAAAAAUAGUCAUCGAAAGCACCAGAAGCCAAGGGAACUAAAGAACUCUUUAACAACCAAAUCAUUACCUAAACCAACUAGUUUAGCAGCUGUUGUUCCAGCUAUUGGUGCCUCUAGUGAAGAUAUUUAUAGAAUGUCAGAUAAUGCUACAGCAGUAGAUGUAUAUAAUUCAAACAUGGAAAUUCAUGGACUUGCACAAAAUUCUAUCAGUUAUUCCCACACCAAAAAUAGUCAUCGAAAGCACCGUAAGCCAAGGACACUGAAGAAAUCUUCUUCAACUGUAUCAUCACCUACUCCAAGUAGUUUAGCAGCUGUUAUUCCAGCCAUUGAAGCUUCUAGUCAAGAUAUUUAUAGAAUGUCAGAUAAUGCUUCAUUGAUAGACAUAUAUGAUUCAAAGAUGGAAGUUAAUGAACUUGCACAAGAUUCUAUCAAACAUUCCCACACCAAAAAUAGUCAUCGAAAGCACCAGAAGCCAAGGAAGCUGAAGAAAUCUUUAACAACCAAAUCAUUACCUAAACAAACUAGUUUAGCAGCUAUUGUUCCAGCUAUUGGUGCUUAUAGUGAAGAUAUUUGUGCAAUGUCAGAUAAUCCUACAACAGUAGACAUAUAUGAUUCAAACAUGGAAAUUUAUGAACUUGCAGAAGAUUCUAUCAAACAUUCCCACACCAAAAAUAGUCAUCGGAAUCACCGGAAGACAAGGAAACGAAAGAAUUCUUUAACAACCAAACCAUUACCUAAACCAACUAGUUUAGCAGUCGUUAUUCCAACCAUUGGUGCCUCUAGUCAAGAUGUCUAUAGAAUGUCAGAUAAUCCUACAACAGUAGACAUAUAUGAUUCAAACAUAGAAAUUUAUGAACUUGCAGAAGAUUCCAUCAAACAUUCCUACUCCAAAAAUAGUCAUCGAAAGCACCAGAAGCCAAGGAAACUAAAGAACUCUUUAACAACCAAAUCAUUACCUAAACCAACUAGUUUAGCAGCUGUUGUUCCAGCUAUUGGUGCCUCUAGUGAAGAUAUUUAUAGAAUACCAGAUAAUGCUACAGCAGUAGAUGUAUAUGAUUCAAACAUGGAAAUUCAUGGACUUGCCCAAGAUUCUAUCAGUUAUUCCCACACCAAAAAUAGUCAUCGAAAGCACCGUAAGCCAAGGACACUGAAGAAAUCUUCUUCAACUGUAUCAUUACCUAAUCCAAGUAGUUUAGCAGCUGUUAUUCCAGCCAUUGAAGCUUCUAGUCAAGAUAUUUAUAGAAUGUCAGAUAACGCUACAUCGAUAGACAUAUAUGAUUCAAAGAUGGAAGUUAAUGAACCUACGCAAGAUUCUAUCAAACAUUUCCACAUCAAAAAUAAUCACUCGGAGUCAAAGACAGUAAAGAAAUCUUCGACAAACAUGUCAUUAACUGAAUCAAGUAGUUCAGCAAUUGUUGCUCCAACCAUUAAAGCUUCUAGUCACGAUAUUUAUAAAAUGUCAGAUAAUGUUGCAGCAAUAGGCUUAUAUGAAUCAGAAAUUGAAAUUUAUGAACUUGCACAAGCUUGUAAAAAGCAUUCACACGGCAAAAAUAGUCAUCGAAAGCACAGGAAGCGAAAGGAACUAAACAAAUCUCCCAUAACCAUUUCAUUACCUAAACGAAGAAAGUUAGCAACUGCUUUUCCAGCUAUUAAAGCUUCCGAUCUUUAUGGAUUGUCAGUUAAUGCUACAACAUUGGACACAUAUGACUCAGAGAUGGAUAUUUAUGAACUUGCACAAGGAUGCGUAAGUCAUUGCCAGUGCAGAGGAGAGAUGGAAAUUUAUGAACUUGCACAAGUAUGUAAAAAACGUUGCCACUGCAAAAAAAAUCACAAAAAAUCCCGGAAGCCAAGAUCACGCAACAAAUCUUCCAAAGCGAAAGCAUUACCUAAACGAAAGAGAAAAGUCUAUGAAUUUUAAUAUAAAUAAUAGAAAAGGAAUUUCUAGAGUUAAAACUAUAGAUCCUUAAACAGAGAAAUUCAACGUCAAAAUCAUCUGUAUCAACUGUAACGAAACGUACAGCUUCAUCAAAUCCAGUAAGUUUACAUGAUUUGGUAUCGAAACUCUUUACGUAUCUUGUGUUUAUGAUUUUGUAGACGUUAAUGAUUUCAAAAUCUUCGUGGUAAACUUGCCAACUGUAUUAACACCAAUGUAUUGUAGUAUAAACUUGAACGUCAACGUUGCCAUCCUUUCUGAAACCGGAAUUGUUACUGUUCUUGAGUUUAUAGAAGCUCCAUGAUGUUAUUUUAAAAAAUGAAAAGGGGAUAUGAAUUAAACACUGUUGCACAUAUUGUCACGUUAGGUUUUACCACACAAGCUCUAGUUUCUAAUUAACUGAAAAAACUCGAAUAUAAAUACAUCAUAGUGUGCUAAAAAUGACCUUUAUCAUUAGUAUUGGAGUUAGCAUUCCAGUUUAAAUUAGAAAGUUCAUUGGUUAACUUUGAUGGCAGUUACGAAUGUGAAUGUUUACCCUCUUAUGUUGGAGGUGGAGAACUUUUAUUAAAGGUAAAGACUUUAAAGUUUCAACUAACAUUUAAGUUCAUACGAUAAAGUUUAACAUUGCUUUAACAUGUUCUCAAUGUGUUUUCUGCGAAACAUUAAACAAAAAAACAUUGCAAUUUCUAAGAAUUAAAUGAUGUGAGCAAUAAUAAUUAUGGACUAAUUACUAAUUGGCUAUUUUCAACUGCUUAUUUAAGUCAUUGUUACUUCAUUAUUAUUACUUUAAUAGCGUGACAUUACGUAAAAUGAUGUAAGCAAUCGUAAUUAUUUACUAGUUAACGAUUUUGACAUGCUUAACCAAUUCAUGAUUACUUUAAUUCCGUCACCAUACGUAUAAUAAAAAAUAAACGUUUACUGAAAA